AUGGCAAUCGCUACCAAGGGUGAAAGCCGUCGUGGAGACGUGAAGGUGGUGCUCAUCGACACAAGGUACGUCGUGACGGAGCCCGAAAGCUUCAAGUCGGUGGUUCAGAGGCUCACGGGGAAGGACUCCUGCGUUUCAUGGAUCGAGGAGGCGUCUUUCACCGGCGCCGCUACUUCAAAGCGAAAGAGGCCGUCUCCCUCUAGAGUACUCAAAAACGACGAUGUUGUAGUCGCACCGCGUUCGGCUGAGAGAGGUGGUACCGGCGGCGGCGAUUGGCGGUUGUCGAAAGGGAUGUCGUUCAAGGACUUGGACCGAAUGAUGCUAGAGAUACCCGCGGCUGAGGAGCUGCGUCAACUGUGGAGCCAAGUAUAA